AAAAAAAACUGCGGUAGGGGAGGGGACGCACAGGCGACUAUAUAACACCGAGCAUGUUCACCCGUUGAUAGUAGUGAACAUAUCCCCUAGUGCUACAAGAGCUUCUCCUCGCCUCUGGGAAGGAUCUUGUCUUGAGAAGCUUUUUGAGAAAUAAGAAGCAACAGGAGCCGAGAUGAAAGUGCUGAUUGUCCUGUCGGUGUGCGUGGCUUUGGCCUGCGCUGCGUCGCCUUCUCGCUCUGCGCCCGAAUCCCAAGUCGAAGCCAAAGAUCGCACGAAAAGGGACCAUCCAGUGGACAGCUACGCGGCCCCUCCCCCCCAAGGACACGGCGAUGGCGGAGUCUACUAUUAUUAUUACCCGACUGAAAUGAUGCCGAAGGAGAUGGAGGAGGAGGACAAGAAGAAGGACAAGUGUGCCGUGGAAAAGCUGUUGCCUCCCAUCAUCUUGAUCACGAUUUUCCUGGGAAUCAUCGCCGGCGCCAUCGUGGGUCUUUUCCCGUCCUUGACCUUCCCGACCUUCCAGCAGCUCAUCCCAGCGCUGAACCAGAUUGCCAACGGAAGAGCAAUGGAUGAUAUGACAGAGAUGAUAACCCGAGCUGUGGAAAGUGACGACUGCUUGCCUCGUCUUAUCUGUGAAUCUGGAAAAUUCGCUGACGGAUACACAACUAUGGUCAGCUUGUUCGAAUUCUUCACUCCUCGCGGCUUCGAGAGCAAGAUGAAGAUCUUCAAGGACUCCGCCCUCAAGAAGACUGACUGCAAGCGCUACAGAUGCUCCUACGUCGAUGGAAAGCCCAAAUAAGACGCCACCUAGCGGCCGAUUUCCCUCUCGUCCCUUGAUCCUUU